AACUGUCCUGAAGAAAGGCUUCCAACUGGGUUGGUGACUGCCCACGCCUACAGUCUUACGGACGUGAAAGAGGUUGAGGGGUUGGGUAAUGGAAGGUCAAAACUAAAAGCGGGAAUGUUGUUCAGUUAUUGAGGAUUAUGAAUCCUUGGGGGUCUGUGGAGUGGAAGGGUCAUUGGAGUGAUCAUUCGAUGGAUUGGAAUCUUGUGGACAGUUCUGAGCGGAGAAAGCUUGGAAUUGAGUUCUCAGAAGAUGGAGAAUUUUGGAUGUCUUACAAAGAAUGGUUGGCCAAUUUUACCCGUGUUCAAAUAUGCCACUUGGGCCCAGACUCACUGACCAUGGAGGACUCGGCCAAGUUCUCGUGGAAGAGUUGGAAUGCCACAAUCGAACACUCUGCGUGGGUGAGGAGAGUGAAUGCCGGAGGAUGUCGAAAUUAUGCCAGUUGAGACACUUUUUUUAGUUUAGACACAUUUUGGACAAAUCCUCAAUAUUCUGUGUCUCUCACGGAAUCGGACAAUUCGUCGGGGGAUACUUCCACCAUGAUAGUCUCCCUUCUUCAAAAACAUGAUCGGAGUAGCAAAAAAUCACUUUUAAGCAUCGGAUAUUCCAUU